AUGGGCUGUAUCUUUCCAGUUGUGGCUCCAGUAAAUUACGACUUUCGUAUCUUUUGCAGGACUAAAGAACAGCAGCAACGAAAGAAACGUUCUAUAGCGAAUACUUACAAGAUUCGUGAUGAUUUUAUUAUUGAAACUAAUUAUUAUGAUUUCCAUCACAAGGCUGAAAGAGCAUUUGAUAAUAUUCAUCAACCUGCAUUUAUUACGCACAGAGCUUAUCCAACCAAUCAAAAGAAGGCCAAACAUUUGAAUUCUGAUGUCAAGAAUAAUCAGGAAAUGUUUAAAAUGAUUUCUCAAGGAAUGUGUGAAGGAUCUAGACGUGUCUUUCAAGAAGAGAAUGCUGGUGGUUGUAGUAUAUUUUCUGAAACCUUGUCUUGUGAAAUUGUAACAAGAAUGUUUAAUGCUCAAUUGACCAAAACUGAAAUGGAAAUUGACUAUGUCAAUGAGCAUUGUAAAAAGACAGACUUUUUGGUUGUUAUCAAUGGAAAGAAAUAUGGAGUCUCUGUCACCAGAGCUUUCAAAUAUAUCAAACCAAACAAGAAUGGUCAAGUAUUUGAUCACUUCUCUAUGGAAGAUGCCACAGUCUUGUUGAAGAAGAAAUUGGAAGGAGUAACAACAGCCAACAAGUGCGUUCAAAAUGAAGAUGUUUGGCAAAAGCAAAUCUUGCACAUUUUCACUCCUAAUGCCAAUGUCACCAAAGUAUUGAAAAGGGCUUACAUGGAUUUGAAACACUCUUUGAGACACAAUACUAUUGUUAUGGUUACAGAGGCCACAAAUAUGGAUUGUAUUUUCACUGAAAGAUUUUACGAUCACAUCUUUUAA